AUAUGUAAAAAUAAAAUGGCGAAACCUAAAAAACAGAAAAACGAAGAACAGAAAAGCGAUAAUAAUAACAAUAAUAAUUCAGAAGCUGUGGUUAAACAUCAGAAGCUCUGCCUUUCAAUCGAUAUAGAAAAGCGUCGUAUAUACGGGUAUACUGAGCUCGAAGUAGUUGUACCAGAGAAUGGUAUUGUAGGAUUACAUGCUGAUAAUUUGAUGAUCGAGAAUGUCAUGGUGGAUGGAGAGCCAGCAAGGUUUGAAAUAUUCCCACACUACCACGAAACGGAUAGGGACAGAUGGUGCUCUCUUUCUUCAGCUAACUCUGCUGCUGAUGCUGCGGGUUUAGUUUAUUUUACAAAUCUUGAAAGAGAACCGGUGCCUAAUUUGUUGAUAAUGUGUUCGAAUGAGAUUCAGAAACCAGUGGCAGAGCUGCCAGAUCAGACGGUGCAAGAAAAUGGGACACAAACAGCGAAUGAACCCAAGCAGAAUGUGAAAAUGAUCCAUAUUGACUACUGGGUGGAGAAGAUAGAAACAGGAAUACAUAUUGAUAGAGAUGUUAUGCACACAAAUAACCAGAUAAGACGUGCUCGUUGUUGGUUUCCUUGCAUGGAUGAUAAUUCACAGCGUUGUUGCUUUGACUUGGAGUUCACGGUGGCUAGCAACCUUGUUGCCGCUAGCACUGGCACCUUGAUGUAUCAGGUUUUGACCAAUGAUGUUCCUCCACGUAAAACAUACGUCUAUAAAUUGAGUGUACCUGUUGCGGCUCAGUGGAUAUCUCUGGCUGUUGCUUCAUUUGAAAUCGUUCCUGAUCGUUAUAAAAAUCUUGUAACACACAUGUGUUUACCAGCUGACUUACAAAAGCUUGGAAACACUGUGGGAUUUCUCCAUACCGCAUAUAGCCAUUAUGAGCAUUAUCUUUCCUCCGAAUUUCCAUUUGGGUCAUACACACAAGUUUUUAUUGAUCCAGAAAUGGCAGUAUCUUCUUUAAGCCUGGGUGCAUCAAUGAAUAUCUUUAGCUCACAAAUCCUCUUUGACAAGAAGAUUAUUAAUCAAACGAUAGAUACAAGAGUAAAACUUGCGUAUGGUCUUGCAAGGCAAUGGUUUGGAGUGUAUAUCACUGCAGAGACACCAAAUGAUGAGUGGUUAUUGGAGGGACUCGCUGGGUUCUUGACAGACUCAUUCAUUAAGCAAUUUCUUGGAAACAAUGAAGCACGCUACAGGCGUUACAAGGCAAAUUGUGCUGUCUGCAAAGCAGAUGAUAGUGCUGCAACUGCCUUGAGUUCAUCUGAUGCUUCCAAGGCUCUGUAUGGAACACAGAGCAUUGGUUUUUAUGGGAAAAUCCGGUCUUGUAAAUCUGUGGCAGUUCUGCAAAUGUUGGAAAAGCAGAUGGGCCCUGAGUCAUUUUGUAAAGUUUUAAAGAAUCUGGUCGCACCUCCUAAAGAUGCAACUCGCCCUUUGAGGACUCUUAGCACAAGAGAGUUUCGCCACUUGGCUAAUGAAGUUGGAAAUCUUGAGAGUCCAUUUCUUAGAGAGUUUUUUUCUCGUUGGGUGGGUUCUAGCGGUUGCCCUGUCCUGAAGAUGGGAUUUUCAUAUAACAAACGGAAAAACCUAGUCGAAUUAGCAGCACUGCGGGGAUGUACAGCCACACCAGAUUCAAAUUCCUCAAUUUCCAAUGCUAAACCGGAUUUUGUAAAGCGGGAAAUAGACGUCGGCUGGCCUGGAGUGAUGAGUAUACGGGUUCAUGAACUUGAUGGAAUGUAUGACCAUCCCGUUUUACCAAUGGCGGGAGAAACAUGGCAGCUGCUAGAAAUACAAUGCCAUUCAAAACUUGCAGCUAAACGAUUCCAAAAGCCAAAGAAAGGGUCGAAGCAUGACGGGUCUGAUGAUAAUGUAGACACAAUCACGUUUGUAGAUAUGCGUUCCAGCAGCAUUGACUCCCCCCUGCAAUGGCUCAGGGCAGACCCUGAAAUGGAGUAUCUUGCUGAGAUUCAUUUUAACCAACCUGUACAGAUGUGGAUAAAUCAAUUGGAGAGGGAUAAGGAUGUUAUUGCCCAAGCACAAGCAAUCUCAGCACUAGAGUUGUUUCCUCGACUUCUCUCUAUCGUCAAUGCUUUAAGCAGUCUUCUUUGUGAUUCUCAGGCAUUUUGGAGGGUUCGUAUUGAGGCGGCUUUUGCCUUGGCUAGCACAGCAUGCGAGGAAACUGAUUGGGCUGGUUUACUGCAUCUAAUUAAAUUUUAUAAAAGUCGUAGAUACGAUGACAAGAUUGGACUCCCAAAGCCGAAUAACUUUCAUGAUUUUGCAGAGUAUUUUGUACUUGAGGCUAUUCCACAUGCUGUUGCUCUGGUUAGAACAGCAGAUAAGAAGAGCCCUAGGGAAGCCGUUGAGUUCAUUUUACAACUUUUAAAGUACAAUGAAAACAAUGGAAAUCGAUACUCUGAUGUUUUUUGGCUUGCUGCCUUAGUCCAGUCAGUUGGUGAACUUGAAUUUGGCCAACAGAGCAUUUCUUUUCUAUCAUCUCUUGUGAAACACAUUGACCGGCUAUUGCAGUUUGACAGGUUAAUGCCAAGCUACAAUGGAAUCCUGACAGUUAGCUGUAUCCGAACAUUGACACAAAUUGCUUUAAAGCUUUCAGAAUUCAUUCCUUUGGAUUGCAUAAUUGAUCUGAUCAAACCCUUCUGCUCUUCUAAGUUACAAUGGCAAGUGCGAAUUGAAGCCUUCCGGUCGCUACUUGAUCUUGAAUAUCAUUGCAAAGGGAUUGAUGCAGUCUUAAUUUUGUUUAUUAAAUAUCUGGAGGAGGAAACUUCAUUCAGAGGGCAAGUGAAGUUGGGGGUGCAUGCUAUGCGAUUAUGUCAAAUAAGUGGUGAUUCUGAUGAUGACCAUGGUGUGGUGCGCGAAACUCUCGUGGCAUUACUUCGCCUGCUCGAGAGCCCAGCAGCAUUUAAUAAUGUUACACUUCGGCAUUAUUUGUUCAGCAUAUUACAAGUACUGGCAGGAAGACCUCCAACACUUUGUGGAGUUCGGAGAGAUGAAACAAUGGUCAAAAGCCACACAGAGUAUUGCAAUAAACUUAGAAGCUUUUUUGUUGACAUUGUUAACCAGUCUAAACCUUCAGAACCUUCUUUUGAUACUCUUAUGCAUGAUGGUUUGGUCCUCGGGCCAAACGUGGAGCCAAAUAUGGUUUCUGUUACUGAUAAUGAAAGAAUCCAGUCAGAGGAGUUGACCUUGGGUGUACCUGAUGCACCAAAAGAAGACAAUGAUUCUGACUCUCGUGAACAAAGACAACCAGAUAUGGUCAUUCUUGAUUCUUCAGUAGCUAAUAAAGAACCAGAUAUGGUUAUUCUUGAUUCUUCAGCAGCUCCGAAAGAACCAGAUAUGGUCAUUCUUGACACUUUAGUAGCUCCUAAGGAACCAGAUGUGGUCAUUCUUGAUUCUUUAGCAACUCUUAAAGAACCAGAUACAGUUUCAAAUAGUCAAGAACGAAAAAAAACUGUUCUAAAAAUUAAAGUGAAGCAAUCUUCUGCAUCAAGUAGAGCCGAAGAAGCUGAUAAUGCUGUAUUCGAGAGAUCUCAAGGUGCCCAUAAUGGUAUUGAUCAUGGAACGAGUAGUUCUGUGUCCAUGGAUGCACUACCACACAGAAAUUUUGCUGAACCUACAAAUGUCAGUAAUCAAAACCUUGAUGAUGUUAACUCGUGCCAUGAUCUUGGGUCACGUGUGACUGCCAGUAUUGGCAGUGUUAAACAUGAUGAUGGUGAUGGUAAAGCACUUUUGAAAGAGCUUCAGUGUACUGCCGAUUCAAGCAAGGUUCAAUUUAAUGAUAUGGACAUUCUGAAUCAUAACAAGCUCAUUAGUCUUCAUACCCUUAAUGAAGUUAAAGACGUGCUGAAAAUCAAGUUGAAACAUUCUUCUGUAACCAGUAAAGCCGACGAAGCUAAUAAUGCUGUUUUUGAGAGGUCUCAAGGUGCCCAUAACAGUGAUCAUGGAAUUGAUAAUGUGUCAUUGGUUAGGCAUCCGGAAAAACAUGUUUCAGGAAGUAAAGAGAAGAAGGACAAGAAAAAGAAGGAUAAGGAAAAGAAACGCAAAAAGAAAGAUAAAGAUGAUCCAGAGUACUUGGAGCGUAAACGGUUGAAGAAAGAAAAGAAGCGAAAGGAAAAGGAAGUGGCAAAGCAUAUGGACACAUCUUCAAUAGCUGCAAAACAUCAAGAAAGAACCGUAGCUAUCAAAGAUGAGGUGCCGGUAGUUCAAGUGACAAGUGUCCCCAAGCCAGUAGAUAAUGUGACGAAGAGGCCCGAAGUUACAACUAAUAAGCUUAAAAUUAAAAUUAAAACCCGAACUUUGACUGGACCGUAAGUUGUAGAUGUAUUCAUUUAGUAUUCAGGUAUUUUUUUUGUAGGAUUGUAUACCAUGUAUCAACACAAAAGAGGUAAAGAUAACAGAAAGUAAAGAAUGGGAUGUGAAAAGUCUCAUGUUUCUCUUCUAUUUUA